CUGGUCUGCGUCAGCUUUGUCAUAAAUGUCAAAUUGUGUUUUCCACAAUUUUUUUGUACAAAAAAAUCAAUAAAUAGCUAUUCAGAAAUUUUUAUUGUAACUUGUAAUAGGUGUGGUAAUAGGCAUCUCAAGUCGUUCUAACGACCUAUUGUUUGAUAAAGAUGAUGCAAAGUGCUCAAAAAGAAGCCAUAAUUGAUGUUUUUUCACCCGACCUGCAUAUUCCGGAAAAUUUGAGAUAAUACUGGGAUAAUGUAAGGGAAGAACAUCCCUAACUGAAAUCAAAUGGAUUCAAAGGAACGCCCUGAUGAGCUUUUGAUGCAGGCAAUAUACGAGAAUGACGUGAAUUUUAUUAGUUGUUUUUUGACAAGAGGUUAUUCAUUUCUAUACAUUUUCAAGUAUAAUGAUUUAUUUCUGUGUUUUUAGGCAUCAAUAUAAACAAAAUCUGUCGUAAUGGUAUGACCCCAUUAGGAGCUGCAGCACAAACUGGGAACCUAUCAGUAUUAAAAGCUUUAAUAGAGUACCAUAGUUCUACCUUAAACCUAGACCAUCAAAAUGACAAUUGCAAGCCUCAAUGUUUAAAUUUAAACACAGACUGUCAGAAAAAGUAUAAGAAUAUAGGGUAUUUUGUAGUCUGCAGAGAUGUGGAAGAAAAUGAAUUUGGAGAUGGCCCUACUCCAGAUGGCAUGGAGGCCUUAGAAUGGGAUAUGGAAGUUAAUGACCCUCAAGCAGUUGAAUGAAUGAGGAGCCGGAGCAAUAAGCCAAAUAACAGGCCCAUAUGCACCACGACAUCCUCUAAGCCACAAGUUUUGCCCUUCUAGUGAAAUUUAGUAUAGCCCUGAUUCCCAGCUCCUUAACAUUCUGGGGAUCUAAAGUAUUGGGCUCCAGUAUACUCUGCCUGUAGUAGCUCAGAGCCUCACAGUGACAUGGAAAUUCGGCCGAGGACUCUUCCUCUAUCCCGCAGCACUCAUACAUGGGAUCCUCACCAUCACAUUCAGAAGAACCUAGUGAAGACUCGCCAGAAUCCAAUAUCUACAAGUGGUACGCUAAUAUUCUGACUAGGACUUCAAUAGUGCUUGAGUCACCGGAGAAGGAUAUAAGUAGGUUAGAUAGACACGGGCAAGGUGUCAUACACUAUGCGGUGAACUCUGGUAAUAUUGAAGUUUUAGAAUAUCUUUUGGCCACUAUGGGAAAUGCACUGAGUCUUGAUCAACCUGAUAUAUGUAACUUCAGCCCUCUCCAUUCGGCUUCUGCUAAUGGGCAUGCAGAGAUGGUCAAAUGGCUAAUCAAGAAAGGAGCAGAUGUUAAUGCAGUAGGUGGCAGACAUCGACAUACUCCUCUGCAUGUUUCAGCCAGGUCAGGCAAUUUGGAUGUGAUAAAGGCUCUGGUAGAGGGUGGCGCCAACAUCAACGAGGCGGACACUGAAGGAAGAACCGUACUGACGUUAGCUGUAUCUCAGGGCAACGAGGAAUGUGUCAAGUAUCUGUUAGACCUAGGAGCUAGAGUCAACCAUGAAGAACAUGGUGAAAUUACCGCUCUUAGGUUGGCAGUUUUCGGUGGUAAUGUUCCUGUUGUCAGAUUGCUGCUGGAGAAGGGCGCCCGGAUAGUCCAUUCCCACCACCUGAUGCAUAGCGCCGUUAUGAACAAUUCUUUGGAAAUAAUUCAAAUGUUGCUAGAAUCGGGUGGUCUAGUCAAUGCUAGGGACGAUGAAGGCGGCACGCCGUUAAUGGUCGCCUGUUCACGAAAAAACAUUCCGUUGGCGAGAUACCUAAUAAGUCGGGGUGCUGAUGCCAACCAUGUCAGCCAUGUAGAUGGCAAAACGGCUCUCCAUGUCUGUGCUAUGGAGGUGAGAGAGUCAAAGGCGGCGUCGCAACUUGUUGAGCUGCUGGUUACCAAUGGAGCAGAUAUGAACUUCUCCAGCUAUCAGGGUUUACCUCUACACUACUCCAUUGUUAUGGACAACAAGGCAGUGGCCACCAAGAUGGUUCAAUUAGGGGCUGAUGUCAAUCUCAAAGAUGAGCGCAUAAUUUUUGAUGCGUUGUCGUUUGCAAUGCGUUACGCUGACCUUGAACUUGUCAAAAUAAUUAUUUUCGCCGGGUUUAAGCUCAGUAACAUGCGCUGCGACCCCUGGCAGAUGCGGAAAGAGCAGAUCGAUGCCAAAUGCGAGUUCCUUCAUUAUGUAAAGACAAACCCGCUCAGCCUCAAGGAACUGUCUAGGAUAGUCGUAAGGCGGCAGUUGGGUUGCAGGGAUCUACUUGGAAGUCUCGCGAAAUUGCCACUGCCGCCGAUAAUACAGAAAUAUAUAGCUUUGGAAAUAUUGUAAAAAUAUCAGUGUAGAUACUGUUUGUAGUUUGUACAAAGAUGUGAGUAAUUAAGUGUUAAUGGUACAGAAUCCGAUCAAUAGCCCGAGAAGUAUUUAUGAAGUGAAAUAUGCUGAAAAAGUGUCAGUAAUAGGUUGUCUGAUAAAUCCUGAACAGACGAUUUUUGAUUAAAGAGUGAUGGGUAAUUUUCUGUGAUUGCGUCGUUUUUUUGUUCCACGGCCAACGUUUCCUUUAUUAAUUUAGUCAAAACCUGAAGUGAGUUGCAAAAAUAUAACGUUAGGUAGCAUCGUUUUAGAUAUUUUAAACCUCAAGUCAGUCAAAAGUACAUCGGUCAACCUGAACUUUAGUUUUAAGGUGAAUGUCGCACGAUCUUUAUUUACUGUGUACCAUACAAUCCAUGGGCGCACAUUAGGAGUAUUUAAGGCUCUCCUAGUUUAUGCUUUAGGUGUAAAAUAUUCUUGGACGAGUGGUGUAUGCAUUUUACAGCUUAGAAAAUCCGUACAUAGAAAUACUUUUUUACCCACUGCUUUAAACUGCCUUCACUGCUUCGAACUAGUUGACUAUGCCUAUAAACCUAACCUGUCCGCCUACGAAUGUUGCUAUAUGCUAUUCAGUGUGUACAUCCAAAAAUAACAAAAAAAAGUUCCUAUAAAUAUGGGUUCAAAGAUGCUUCCCUGCCGAGAUACAGGGCGAUGAAGUUUUAUUUACGAAAUUGAAAAAAAUUAUAUCUAUGGAGUGGGUAAAGAUACUUACUUUUAGACGUUUAGUGUUUAAACCAGGGAUAUAGAAAUUGGACUACCUGGACCCCUAAUAGGAAACAUCUACGCCACUGGUCAUUUCGAAAGAAAAAGGUCAAGAAAAUAAAUUUUUGUCAUCACUCGUUUUGGAGAUAUUUUGGUUUGAACAUCUGAAGUAAAAUCCUAACGUGUUAGCCCCCGUAUUCUGAAAAUACUUACGUUGUAAACACUAUACGGCAUGUGAAGGAAACUAUGGAACCUAAUUACAACACUAUCUGAAUAAUAUCCGUGUAAUAUCCUCUGUUAGGAGUGUAUAAACUUACUAUUCAGUAAACCUUUCCUGUGCACGCCACUAGUUUUUGCUGGCAUAUUCAAUUUUGUUUAUAGACAAACUUCAACAAAAAAACGCCCAUUUUAAAAAUAAAUAAAUAAAGCUAAUAAGAAUUGAACACGACAAUAAUAAACAUUACAUUUGAUACAACUUAAAGGCCGAUAAUUUCAGAAGUAAAUAAUGAGAAUCUUACUCAAAUUGAUUGGUUCCACAAUUUCAAGAUGUGUUUUUAGACAAGCAAAAGAACUUAAGAUGGCUAAUACCAUGAGAAGUAUACUAUGAAAGCCAGUGGUGAGCAUAGACAAGGUUUCAUGAACGGUAAGCUUCUAUGCUACUGAUUGAGGAUAAGACACCCAUAUUAUUCAAAUCAUGUUGUAAUGAGCUGCCAUAGCUUUGUUCACAUGUCUUAUAGUGUUUCCAAUAUCGAGCUUUAGUUUUCAGAAUAAGGGGGAUAAACCUUCUCAUGAGAAUAUUUUAGGAUUUUAACUCUAAUGUUCAAGUCUAAAUAUCUCCAAAACGAGUGAUCUGACAGGAAUUUCGUUAGAUACGAACAAAAUGGUAUUUUAUAAAAUGCACUGCUGUUUUCCGAAAAAGCCAGUGGUGUAGAAUAUGUUUAAACAUAUAAUAUUAAUAUUAGGGGUCCAGAUACCCCAGUUUCUACGUCGUUGGUUUAGUUUAUACCAAGAAACUCUGUGUGUUUAUUGCUGUUGAUGUGCUUAGUGAACGUCUAAAAUCCUAAAUCAGUAUCUUUACCCGCUCCAUAAUUUCCUAAAUAAAACUUCAUCACCCUGUAUCUCGGCAGCGGAGCAGCUUUGGACCCAUAUUUAUCAGAACUUUUUUUUUUAUUCACUUUCCACAGUCAAUAAAUCACAUUCUAGAGUAAAUCUCGAUAGUGUGAUAUUCGCGUUAAGUUCAUUGUCACGCGUUGGCAAACCAAAUAUCAGAUACUUCGUCAAUAUUUCUUAUGGGCCACAAUAUACAGAGUGAUGGAAGUCUGGCAUCCGCAACCAAUUCCAAAUGCCGAUAACUUUCAGUUUUUAAUCAAAAAUAGUCCGUCCAGGAUUUCGUAAAGCAGCCCGUCACCAACAUUUUUUAACGUAUUUCAUUUAAUAAAAAGUCCAUCUGGCGUGGGGAUUGGUGAAUGUAGAGUGUAAUAUGGAUCCUAAUAGUAUUAUAAAAAUUUGUAAAAAGAUGUGAAUAAGUUCUGUGAUGUUAAAGAAAAUUAUUGAAGCAAAAAAUGGAUAGAUAUGAACAGUCAGUAAAAAAGCUGAUUUUACGUAUAAACCUAGGAACACAUUAUUUUUCCGACAAUGAACGCAUCCACAAAAUUAUUCGAUAAACGUCAAAAGCGGUCAGAUAGGUAAUAAAUAGGACCUUUCUACUGAUUAUUCUGUUCUCUCAUUUUUGACGCUCGAAACACUUCAUAUUGCUCCUUUAGAUUUAAUCAAAACAAUUGAUCUCAUAUUAGGUAUUGUUACAUAUUCUAGUCAUAAG